UUAAUAGCUUUGUCAUGUGAUGGAAAGCAGUUGUAAGACAGGUGCCCUCGGUUCAUUGUCAGUGAGGGGCGCGAGGGAACGAGUGGAUUUUCUCUUUUGUCCGUAAUUUAUUUUUUAUUUUUUCGUACCGUCAUUCAGUGGCUGGAUGGCGUGGGACAGGUGUAAUCAGGACUCGGUGUGGAGAGAACUAGAGUGUGCUGCCUUGGUUGGUGAAGACCAGCCCCUUUGCCCUGACCUGCCUGAGCUUGACCUCUCUGAGCUGGAUGUCAGUGACCUCGAUGCAGAUACCUUUCUGGGAGGACUCAAGUGGUACAGCGACCAAUCAGAAAUCAUUUCCAGUCAGUAUGGCAAUGAAGCAUCAAACCUGUUUGAGAAGAUAGAUGAGGAAAAUGAGGCCAACUUGCUGGCAGUGCUCACAGAAACCCUGGACAGUAUCCCAGUGGACGAAGACGGUUUGCCUUCGUUCGAGGCCCUGGCAGAUGGGGACGUGACCAAUGCCAGUGAUCAGAGCUGUCCUUCCACCCCCGAUGGCUCGCCACGCACCCCAGAGCCAGAGGAGCCUUCCCUGCUGAAGAAGCUCCUCCUGGCGCCUGCUAACUCCCAGCUCAGCUAUAAUCAAUACCCAGGUGGCAAGGCACAGAACCAUGCAGCCAGCAACCAACGGAUCAGACCAACACCUGCUGUUGCCAAGACAGAAAACCCCUGGAACAGCAAACCACGUGGGGCCUGUCCCAACCGGUCCAUGAGACGCCCUUGCACUGAGCUGCUCAAGUACCUCACCUCCAGUGACGAGGCCUUCCAGACCAAAGCCAGGGAAGCCAAGAGCACCUGGACAGGUUGUGGCAAGGACAGGGGAGGGGCUUGCACCUCUUCCUGCUCAUCUUCUUCCUCUCCAUCGUCUUCGUCCACCUCCUCUUUCUCGUCUCUGUCGUCCUGCUCCUCUUCCACCGCCUCCAAAAAGAAGACGUCCUCUGCCUCCCCAUCAUCACAGCAGCAGCAGCAGCAGCAGCAACAGCUGGCAUUGCAGGCCCAGCGAGGUGAGAGCCAGGCAGCCAGCACGUGUAGUGUGGCUGGUGAGGGGGCGGGGAAGUGGCGGCGGUGUACUCAAGGGGAGCAAUCCGCCCCCGUUGUGCUGUCCCGUGGAGGCGGCUGUGGCCAUGCUUGCUCCGGCGAAGAGGGGAGGCUGCCAGGCCUGCAGCCAGCUGUUGACCCAGGCAGCCUGGCCGCUGCCCGCUUUAUUAGGUACAUGCACUCUUACUCUCUCCCGCCUAGAGAGACGGGUCAUGCAGGCAGCUGUGGUCAUUGCCUUGAGGCAGGCGGCUUGGCUGAGGCUGGCCAUGCUAAUAGGCACAUCACGGUGACCAUUAGGAAAAGGAGGCAAGAGCUAGAGCACCCCAUGCUCAGUCAGAUGCUCACCUCCAGGCCCAGGCCAGCCCGUUACCGGGCUCACCUGCAGUUGCCCAGUGUCCCCCAGAAUAAUAGGCGAGACCUACCUGACUUGGCAACUAGAGUCCAAGAGAGCCACGGACACUUAGAGCAAGCUAGCCGUGAUCACCCAAGAAAGACACCUAGUUUACAUAAACAAACAUUUAGUGUGGCCGACCAGAGUGAUCUUAAGUUUUCAACCGGGCUUAAAUUAGACCUAGAGAGCUGGUUAAGCAUGCCAGAACAGGUGACAGGAGACCGCUUGCAUGAUCUGGUAGGCCAAGCUGGGGAAGAUGUUUUUGAAUAUGUCAUAGGCAGCCCCAUGUCAUUCUCACAGGGCCUGCCAAGCCCCUUGUUCCCAGACUCUUUAGUUCCAGAGCACACGCCCUCCGACUCACAAAAACAGGCACUCUGCAGGCACCUUGAUGACCAAGUCCCACCAAUGUUAGCCAAACCAACCAUCUUGCCACUUCCUUUGACCCCAGAGUCUCCAAAUGACCACAAGGGAUCUCCGUUUGAGAACAAAACCAUUGAACGCACAUUGAGUGUGGAGAUCUGUGGAACCCCAGGUCUGACACCACCUACCACGCCUCCUCACAAAGCCAGUCAAGAGAACACUUUCAAACUAUCACUCAAAAACAAGCUUUCUUCAUGCUCUCCCUCGGCCCUGACAAGCAAAAGGCCCAGGCUGAGCAAUGGGGGCUCUUGCCCUCAGCCAACCAGCGGCUCUAUUCGGAAGGGCCCAGAGCAGACUGAGCUCUAUGCCCAGCUGAGCAAGGCAUCCUCCACAAUGCCCCUAGGGGGCUUGGAGGAGCGUCGGGGCAAGCGGCCCAUGCCCCGCGUCUUUGGCGAUCACGACUAUUGUCAGUCUACAAGCACAAAACGAGACAGCACCACCACAGCUACAGCGGUAACUGGGCCAAUGGAGGGCCGGCAUGUGGAAUGUAAAGACUCGAACAUGCCGACCUCCUCUACUUAUACAUCAUCAUUGUCUUCCACCACCCCUUUGUCUUCCUCUCUGGCCAGGCAGCUUCAGGGCCUUUCCCCCACUGCUCAGGAGGCUUGUCCGGACACAGAUGCUCACGGACAGGACCACAAGUCCACUUCAGGCUCCAAAACAUCAGUGGAUUGCAGUUCUGCUGGAAGGAAACUACUAAGGGACCAGGAGAUCCGGGAAGAGCUCAACAAGCACUUUGGAAAGCCUCGGCAAGCCUUCUAUAGCGGGGUUGUGGGAGAGCAAAGGGACAAUCGGCCGCUAGAGGACAGUGACUCUGGGGAUGAGUACCCCAGUCUUCUCAGUGACUACAUGCACCCGGGUCUGCCUGACUUUGAGGACCUUGAGGUAGGCCGGGAGCGCCUGUUCUACUUGGGGGAAGGUUCUCCACUCGAGCUGCUCCUCGAAGGGUCGCCCUCCAGCUCCCCUUCCAGCAGUUCAUUCUCAUGGAGCUCUGUCUCACCUCCUUCCACUCAGCUCUCCCCACAGCACCUCCGCUGGCCACGCUCCAUCUCUCGCACCCGUUUCUCAUCUCACAACAGAUACAGAUCCCUCUCCAGGUCUCCAUACUCCCGCUCUGAGUCUCCCGACAGCCGUUCUCCCUCUUGGUCUCCUCACAAUAUGGAUGAUAGCACUUUUAUUCCCAGGAUUUAUAGAAGCCCUCGGUCCCAGUCUAAUUCUAUUUUUGGUCGGAGACCCAGGUACGACAGCUAUGAGGAAUACCAGCACGAGCGUCUGAAGCAGGAAGAGUUCCGACGUGACUAUGAGAAACGGGAAUGUGAGAGAGCCGAGCAGAGGGAGAGACAACGGCAAAAAGCAAUAGAGGAGAGGCGAGUGGUGUAUGUGGGACGUCUUCGUGCCAACAGCACACGCACAGAGCUCAAACGCCGCUUUGAAGUCUUCGGCGAAAUUGAGGAGUGCACAGUCAACUUGAGACAUGACGGAGACAACUUUGGCUUCAUCACCUACCGCUACACUUGUGAUGCGCUCGCUGCCCUUGAGAAUGGACACACCUUGCGCAGGUCGAACGAGCCUCACUUUGAGCUCUGCCUUGGUGGACAAAAGCAGUACAGUAAAUCGAAUUACACAGACUUAGAUUCCCAUUCUGAUGACUUUGAUCCAGCCUCCACUAAAAGCAAGUACGACUCCAUGGAUUUUGACAGCUUGUUGCGAGAGGCCCAGUAUAGCCUGAGAAGGUAAUGAGCACCACUGCACCGGCUGGCUGCAAACAAAGGGAUUUGCAAUACCUCACUGUUGUUUCUGUUCUUUGAAUACAAGACUAUAGACGUUUUACACUUUCUGUAAGUGGAAAGAGUAUAUGUGGACAAUAAAGUUCUACGUAUAUGAAGGGAUAUAUGCGUUUAUCUGCAAGCAAAGUUUACAUGAACCUAGCUGCUGCGAAGCUGAGGAGAGACACUUACCUGUGGGGAUAACCAGUGAAGUAGCGCACACUACUUUAGUGGACUACACAGAUCCGUGUGCCGCGUGAGGCUCUGUAAGAGACACGAAUCUUCGUCAGAGUUCGCUUCACACACGCAUCACCCUCGGCACUUUGAAAGGGGAAAAUUGCAGCUCGUUCAGUCUGUUUUUAUUGUUUGGAGUUUAUUUUUGUGGGCUUUUUCUGUUCCUUUUUUAAUCUGGUGUUUGGAUGUGGUGUUACAGUAUCGAGAAGGGUUUGGGGAAAUCUCUUGGAUGUUCAAGGUAACAUUGUCUACAUUUAUUGAGAGGGGGAGGGGGGGGGGUGUAGUCGCCUAUUUACAAAAGGAAUAUUUUUAUUUGAUGUGCAUAUCAGCGUUCUUUGUUUGUUACAGCUAUGCACUGUAAAAUGCAGCCUUUUUAAGAUGAAAUUUUCUUAAUCGAGAAUGUUGAUCUGUAGUCAUUAUGAUGAUGUAUAACCUACAUGGCGUUUAGAUGACGUGAUUUGAUUGUAAAAAAUAUGUAUGGAGAUUUAUUGCUCUUUUUGGGGGAGCAUGCAACAAACUUUUGUCUGUUUUUCUUUUGGUUUUUCUUGUUUUGCUUUUGUUUUUUGUUUAUUUUUAUUUCAUUGAAAAACUCCAUGUGCAGUUUUAUCCGAUUUUGAAGUUAAUAACUCAGUGUUUUCCGUAUAUACAUGCAGUGUAAGAUAGAUUUUCAAGAGUUUAUGUUCACUACUGUGUAAAAAAAAGAAAAAAGAAAAAAAGAUAAACCCCAAGAUAUUUUUUUAUCCUUUAUGUCUGAAGGAAUCAAUAGAUUUUAUUUUAAUUUCUCGGUGCACACUAAUAAUUGUUAUUGUUCCUGUUUGAUAAUACACUUUCACAGAGAUGAUUACUCUUCUAACACAGAAUUACUCAUGCUUAUUUAUGUAUUUAUCUCAGUAUUCUAAUCAAAAUAUUUAUGGCAGCCAUCUCACGUGAUGCGCCUUACAAAUUUUGCUAUUUAUAUUAUUUGUUAUUCAACAAUCACUGGAAAGGAUGUAAAUUUACAAGUUCUAAAGAAAUAUCGUUUUUAUAUGCCUUCAGAGAUGGAACAAACAAUAUAUUGUAUGAUCAUAUUCUAGGCUCAUGAUGAACUUUGCUGCUCCAAAACUCAAGUGAUUUAUUUGUUUUUCUAGCUCUAAAACAUCCACCUUUUCAUCUCUUUUUUUAUUACAUGAAGCAAUAAAAUAAUUUUGCAGGUAUUUUGUUGUACCACAGAAAAUCUGUGUCUUUGCUCCACACUUUUGAUUAUGUGAAUGCCAAACUAAAGUUUACAAUUUUCUUUCCUGAAUUUUUUAAAAAGAAGAAAAAAAGAUGUAUUUGAUGUAAAAAAAAAAAAUUAUAUAUAUGAUGAUACUAAUCUUGUCAUUACUCACAAUAACUCAAAAUAAUGAAAAGUAAUAAUGGAAUAUGAAAAUGUGAAUUAAAAAAAUGAAUAAAUAAAAAAGCAAUAAAUUAUUUUUCAAAGCUGUAUUUUAGCUCAUGUUGUUGUAUGGUUUUAGACAUGACAAAUUACCCAGACUCUGUUCAAAUACGGGGGAUCCAUUCCAGUGCCUCAACACAGAUCUUAAGAACACCGUUGGAAAGAGAAAUUGGUUGUGAAUGCAGCUUGUGUGUGUGUGUGUGUGUGUGUGUGAGAGUGUGAGCAAAUUCAAGAAUUCAAUAUAAGCAAUGAAAGAAGUGGAAAAGCCAAAAAUUGCAUCUAUGAGAUUGAGUCUCUUUCCAAAGCAAGAGCUAUUUUUGUCUUUGCUGUGGUUUGAAGGCAAAUGAACUGUUAAUAAUUUGAAUCGCCCAAAUACAACAGGCACUUGUCACGGACACUUAAGGUAACCUUUUUAUGUCGAUUAACAGCAGGUUUUGUCGUAGCCCAUAUUAAAAGAUUCACAAACCAUUGCUGUCAAUGUAAAUGUCUGGUUUCAGAAAUGUUUUGUACAUUAUUUUCUGCACAGAGCUUGGGUAUGGAGUCAUGUCGCGUUCGAUAUGUGUGGCUUUAAUCGAUGCAACAUGUAUGUUGCAAAUCUGCUUUGUAAAUUGCUGUAGCAAUAUGUUACAACACCCUGAUGGGGUGUAUCUUUUGGAGUGGCAGACUUUUUACCAUAGUGAAAACUACUACUGAAGGAUUUGCCACUGCGUCGGAUGAUUUUUUGUGUUUCCAUAAAGAAGCAGAUAUAUCUAAAUGAGGCUGUGUGUGAUUUUGUGUGUGGAUUUGAUAGAGUGUGCGUGUAUUUCGGGUCAAGGGGACUGUGUUUGACUGUGUUAUCUUCUAUUUGUCUCCUAUCCAUGUUGCCUUCUGCUGAGUCCUAACCAAUGCCUUUGUAGUUGUACGUAUUGUACAAUCUUUGUUGUGGAUUUUCUUUUUUAUGUGUAGUUUUCAUCAGCCUCACCAUGCCAAUAAAGGGAAUUGUGUCUAAUUUA